GGGCAAUGUAUCAUUCCACGCAUCUAGUGCCGCGCGACGGAGGGAAGCUCUCAGUGCGCGUAGGUUUACGCAUACGGGGCGCGCGCGCGCUUCUCCGGGAGCGCGCACACGGAUCCAAGGGGCUCGUUGAACGCGAGCAGCGAGCUGGGAGUCGGUGCCGCGAGUGAACGGGGCUCUCGCAAGUUACCAGCAUCCGAGGAGCUUCGCCGAGAGCCGCGGCGGAGCGCGUUUUCCACGCGCAGCGACCGUGGAGGAGGAGCGACGCGGAAGGAUGCGGAUCCGCGCGGAUCCGGGAGCUGCAGCUUCACUCCGCCAGCGCGAUCCCCGGCUCCUCGCCUAACUUUUAAUGUGCCGAAGUUAAACAACGCGUCUGUCCGCUGUGAUCGAGCGCUCCUCGUCGGCCAUGGCCGCGUCGUCCGUCCACAGUGCGUUGCUCCUGUGCGCCUUGUUCCAGCUCUCCUCCCUGUUGGGCGGACAGGUGCCGAACUGCCAGGAGGUGCGCGCCGUGUUCCAGUCCCUUCACCCCGGCUCCAAGUGGGUCCCCGAAACCCCGGUGUCAGGCGCCGAUCUGCAGGUUUGCCAAAGCAAAGGCCCGUCCUGCUGCUCCAAGAAGAUGGAGGAGCGCUACCAGGUGGCCGCGCGCAGCAACAUGGAGUCCGGUCUGCAGGCCGUCGGCGCUCAGCUCAAACGCCUCAUCAUCCAGAACGCCGCCAUUUUCCAAGAGGCCUUCGACCUGGUGCUGCGUCACGGCCGUAACUCCACCUUGGCCAUGCUGAAGCUGGAGUUCCCCGGCCUCGGGGCCGGGGCCCAGAGCUCGGUGGGGCAGCUCUUCCUGGACAUGUCGCUCUACAUCCUGGGCUCAGACUCCACGGUGGACCACAUGGUGGCAGCGCUCUACGGCCGCCUGUUCCCGCUGGUGCACCGCCGCCUGCUGGGGGGCGGCGUGUCCGCUGCCACCGAGGAGUGUGUGAGGGGCGCCUGGAAGGAUUCGGGGGCCUUUGGCGUGUAUCCCAAGCUCAUGAUGACCCGUCUGUCCCGCUCGCUGCUGGCCACGCGGGUCUUCCUGCAGGCGCUCAACCUGGGCAUCGAGGUGGUGAACACCACGGACCACCUGCGGCCCGGCCGGGACUGCAGCCGGGCCCUGCUGAGGCUGUGGUACUGCCCGCACUGCCAGGGCGUGCUGGGGCCGCCCGCCUGCCGCGGCCUCUGCCAGACGGUGAUGCACGGCUGCCUGGGGGGGGCGGCCGAGGUGCAGCCGCACUGGAGGAGCUACAUCGACGGACUGGGGAAGCUGGCCGGAGGGAUGAGGGGCGAGCAGGACAUGGAGGCGGUCGUCCUGCGGCUGCCGUCCAUGAUCAAACUGGCCGUCAAGCACGCGGUGAACGCCCGCAGCCGCCUCACUGCGCUGGUGAGUGGGACCUGUGGACACACUCCUCAGCGGGCCUCCCGUUCGGCGGCGCCCCCUCCUCCAGCUCCGCCCCCCGAUGACCCGGCUGCCCGCGACGCUCAGUCCUCGUCCUCGGACUCGGACGAGACCUUGGCCGGACUUCGCAGGGAGUUCAUGUCCAACCUGAAGGGCUUCAGCUCCUUCUACAGCGGCCUGGGGGACGCCCUGUGCAGCCGGGAGCCCGCUCCGACGAACCACUCCCUCUGCUGGAACGGGCAGGAAAUGACAGACAGGUUUUCUGGGCCGGGCCUGAAGCGGCUGCAACCUGGCUCCGAGUCCCGAAGCAGCAAGUCCCCGGAGCCAGUCAUCAGCCAGAUCAUAGAUAAACUCAAACAUAUCAACCAGCUGCUGCGGCUCGUGACGGUGUCGGAGAAGCGCUGGAGAGCCCGGUCACGUGCGGCCGGAGCGAACGAGGAAGGGGAGGAGGGCUUCGAGAGCGGGGACUGCGACGACGAGGACGAGUGCACCGGGGUGUCGGGGCUGGGGCCGCCGCCGCGGCGCAAGCGGCUGCGCAUCUUCGCAGACCUCGCUGAUAACCUGGCGAUGGACGACUUCACCUUCCAGGAGCAGCUGCUGACCCCUCGCUUGGCCACGGCCGGGGUCGGAGGCGCCGCGUCGCCGGCACCUCCUCUGCGGAGCCACUACCUCGGUCCAACGCUACCUGUGAUGCUCGCCGCGCUGCUGCUGCAUCACCACUGACCGGUGCACUCACGCACCCCCGACACCUGUUUCCCCUUAGGAUUCAAUUCAAAACUGUGGAACGCGCGUAACGGUUUUUUAAAGUCCUGAGUCAUCGUGUACAGUCCGAUGGCUCAUCAAAUGAAGCAUGAAGAACCACACUCAUCUCUUUAUUUGUCUUGGCAAGAACUUGUUGUACUUUAUUCAAAGUCACUGUCCUAUUGAAUCACACCAGUUAAACCCGCGACAUCGUGUACAUAACAAACUGGUUCACUCCCACUGUGGUUGCAGCUCCUGUGCCUCCUCCUGUGCACAUCCACUGAGGAGCAAUGUGGAAAACUGUCACACAAGAGACUUUGUUAAAAUGCUCACACCUCCUCGGCUGCAGUGAGUUAUUGCCCAGCAGAAACCAGCUGGUGGAGAAGGAGAAAUCUCCCUCCUGCCAGAAACAGACUCAGCUGGAGAGACUCAGUUCACCCUGAGAACGGGAUGGAACCUAAAGAUGCACUGUACUUUAAAUUACUCAAGCUUGCUCUCAUUGUGUCUUAGUACUAGGUGAAUUAUUCCCAUCCCAUAAUUCAAAUAUUUUCAUUCAUCAUCAGUGUUUGCUUUAUUUUGUAAUCUUGAUGAUUUUCUAACGGUAACAGUGCAUAAUUCUACAGUUCAGUCUGACUCCUGUACAGAUGUGUGUUUCUUUGUGUUGGUGCAAUGUUUCCAAAAAAGAUGUUUAUUUCCAAUAUUUGCAUAACUCACAGGAAAGUCAGCAAAUCCUGACUAGAACUUAAAGCAUUGCUGCUGAUUUCUAACUUAUUCUUUAGCGCUGUGGCUGGGUCAAAGUGAAAUGUGGAGUGUAAAUUAGGUUUGUUAUGUGGGUUUGCACUGGGUUCUCACAUUUUAAAAGUUUGGCCUUUGACCCUUGAAUCUACUCUUCUGUCUGAUCGGAUUUGGAUGUUUUUAAGAGCGACCGUUAUUGAAACCAGCUCCACGGUGUUUAGACCACAGGAAGUGUUCUGGAGGUAUGGAAAAGGCUAAUUGAACGCUGACAUCACAGCUGUAAGUGCGAGCCGCCCUCACAGACUCCUUGACACGUCAUUUCAAGAGGAGCGCAUGUGUAACUAAUAACAAUAAUCAUGGCUCUGUUCCAGAUGAGUACGAGUGAGUUAUGUCCGUGGUCCAGACCUGACACAGUGCAGCACCACUUAGGGUUAUUGUUUACACCUGUGGAAGUCAUGAAGUGUGUUACAACCAGUCCAGAUAUAAGUCAAUGUCAAACCUGGAACUGCAACUGUGCAAAAAAUUAAUGUCCAAUAACAUGAGUUUUUUUUAAGUCAAUCAGAAAUGUAAAAAGGGACGAUGUAAAGUAAACUGCACAUGUUUUGCUUCUUACGUGUGAAUGUGGCAGUCUGAAUGAAUAUUAAAGGUAAAUAUGACACAUUA